AUGACAGACAAAGGAAACGUAGUUCGUAGUUCUGAAGACGAAUGUUAUGAAGUGCCUAACGAAUUACUAGUCACAGAAAAUCUUGAUGUACACAAUGAUGAAACCUUAGUAAAAGAUAGUCAGAUUGUCCCGGAGGUUGGGAUGAACGUAGGCUUUCCAGUUAGAAAAAGAAAUUCGAAGAAGGGUGAUGAUGGUGCUUUGAGAUAUGUGACAUUUGAAUGUAGUCGGGGGGGUAAUAGAGUUGGUAGCACAAGCACUUCUUUGAAGCCCCAACCAACAAUCCAUAUAGGCUGUAAAGCCAAGAUAACAGCUGGUACAAAUUUGAAUGGUGUUUGGCGUAUUAAUAAAGUAUAUCUUGAACACAAUCAUAAAAUAAGUCCGUCCAAAUCAAGGCUUUACCGAUGCAAUCGUGAAGUUAGUGCACAUAUUAAACGGAGGCUUGAAGUUAAUGAUUUAGCCGGGAUUCCUUUACAUAAAAGUUUUAAUUCAGCUGUUGUCGAAGCUGGUGGAUACGACCAGUUGGCAUGCAUAGAAAAGGAUUGUCGAAACUACAUUGAAAAAGUAAGGCGACUACUACUUGGGGAAGGAGAUGCUAUAGCAAUACAAGCUUACUUUUCAAAAAUGCAAACAAUGUGUCCCGGUUUCUACUUCAAUAUAGAUUUGGAUGAGGAAUGCCAGUUGAAGAAUGUAUUUUGGGCUGAUAACAGGUGUAGGCAAACAUAUAAAGAGUUCAGAGAUGUUGUAACAUUUGAUACAACAUACUUAACUAAUAAGUACGAGAUGCCUUUUGCCCCUUUUGUUGGUGUGAACCACCAUGGACAGUCAACCUUACUCGGUUGCGGUCUAUUGUCGAAUGAGGAUACAACAACAUUUGUUUGGCUUUUUAGGACGUGGCUUGAAUGUAUGCAUGGUCAGGCUCCCAAUGGAAUAAUUACCGAUCAAGACAGGGCAAUGCAAGCAGCAAUUGAGAUUGUUUUUCCCAAUACAAAGCAUAGAUGGUGUUUAUGGCAUAUACUAAAAAAGUUGCCAGAAAAGUUUGGGAGUCAUCCAUGUAAGGGAUUGAUACUUUCGACAGUACAUGGUCUAGUGUACGACUCACAACAUCAAGAAGACUUUGAGCAUGGUUGGACUGCGAUGGUUGACCAAUUUAAUUUGCAUGAGAACAAUUGGUUGUCUGGACUAUUUGAAAACAGAAGCCGUUGGGUUCCAUGCUUCUUGAAAACUACUUUUUGGGCAGGGAUGUCAACAACUCAACGUAGUGAGAGUAUUAAUGCAUUUUUUGAUGGGUGUAAGGUUGAAAAAGAGUUUCAAGCUGAUUUUAAGUCAUUCUCGCAAAUGGUCCCAUGUGCUACUAAGUAUGCAAUUGAAAAGCAAUUUCAAGAAGUGUAUACAAUAUCAAAAUUUAGGGAAUUUCAAGAGGAAUUUACUGGGAAGGUUUACUGUGAAGUUGUAUCUUCUAAUAUGGGUGGUUCGAUGCCAAGGGGAAUAGUGUGCAGGCAUGCGAUAUUAGUUUUGCUCCGUAAUGAUAUCACUAUACUUCCCGAGAGGUAUAUCCUUAGGAGGUGGAGGAGAGAUGUAAGUAGACGACACACAAGAGUAGCAGUUAAUUACGAUGGUUGGAUGAACACUCCUGCUCAAGUAAGAUUUGACAAAAUGUGCAAUGCCUUUACUAAUGUAGCAGACUUGGCGGCUGAUGAUGAAAACCAAGUUUAUGGGAUCAUGGAGUGGAUUGAAUCUAAAACAGCUCAACUUUCCAUGUCACAACCCGUACAUGGCGGUGGAAGUAAUUUGGAUUCCCAAGCAAGUGUACCAAUGGCCCUUAAUUCUCUAUCAAUAGAACUUGUUGGAACUGCUAACAUGCUCAAUCCGAAAUACUCGAGAACAAAAGGAGCUCCGAAGAAAUUACGGAAAAAAGGUCAAUUGGAGAAGAAUUCUAAGAAAUCCAAGAUAGUUGCGAGUACAGAUAGAGGCAAAACAAAGGUUCAACAUAGUUCAUUGGAUAAUGACGACUCACAACCAUCACAGGCAUUAGAUUCAUCCCAGUAUCCAAUAUAUUGGACAGAUCAGUCUUUGGGGCAAUCUCAAGGGUAUACAAAAAGCAAUAUCUUGACACCCGGACCACCUUACGGGCAUCAGCAUGUAACGUGGUACCACAUUUUAAUCAAUACUUGCAGGGAGGGCCGGGACCAUGAGUUCUACACAUCUAAUUGUUGCAUUUAG